UGUGGCGAUGUAACGUAUCACUCAGACAGGGAACUUUAUUAAAUGUACUUAGUGUUAGCCGCGGUUUAUAAAGGAAUAUACACUUCCUUAUUUCAUAUUGAUAACAAAGCCAAAAUGUUAAAAGGCAUACGGGCGUAAUGAAAUGUAGAAGUAUCGUGUCAACCUAUGUUCCUAUUCUUGUCAGCUGUUUGUAUUUUACGUUCUCUAAUGAAAAGUGCUCCAGAUAUGAAGGUGGAUGUUGUCCUGGUUACGAAUGGAAUAACGACUUAGGAAACUGUACAGAGUGUAACAUUGGAUAUUCGGGAUUUAACUGUAGCAGACAGUGUUUAUAUCCAAGUUAUGGAUGGAAAUGCACACUAGAAUGUAAUUGUUCAAAAAAAUAUUGCAACCUCUCCACGGGUUGUGAAAAUAAAACGACAUGGGAACAAGACAUCCAUACAUCUGCCGGUGCAGUGGGUCCUCUUUUUAAUGUGAUGAUCAUUUGCUUCUCUGUGUCUGCUAUCCUCCUUCUGGUGUUCAAAAGUUUAAAAUGUUGGAAGUACAUCAAAUGUCGAUCAACGGUUAAAGAGGAUGUUACCGAGGAAAACCAUUAUCAGACAAUAUCAGACCACGAUCUAUUCAAGAAAUUAAGCAUAUAAGCUAUAAUUUAUUAUUUAUUUACAGGAUUCAUUUAUAACCUAACAUUUGUAUGCAUCAUUUUAUUUGCAAAGUUUAAUCAAUGAUAUCUCAUUUCGAUGAUGUUGGCAAGUUUGAAUUUUUUUUCGAAACCUUUGUUUUGAACAUUGUGUUUGUUACAAUUUUCGUUAAAUUUCCUUCCAUUUUGUCCAAAUUAAAGAGAUGCCAGACAAAUGGACAUCAAUAUAAUUAUGAGGGUUCGUUUAUGUCGUGUUGCUCAGUCAUCAAUAGACUAGUAUCUCGGAGUUCGGAAAUUACAUGGAAAACUCCAAAAUUAUACGAAUUUGUCAUUAUUUUCUAUAAACUUCUAAUUAUAUAUAAGUAAUUUUUGCGAACCUCAUUAUUAGAACCAUUUUAACAAGAGCUUGGACUUUGGUUAGUUGGUGUCAAACUGCAAUGUGACGGAAGCCUGUCUAUUUCAUUGUAGGCCACUCAGCCAUUGUUCUUUGAAAUCAACACGAUUUGUCUGGCUUUUGAGCUAAGACUACUCAGUCGGUGUAUAUUUCACCUGAAGCCAGCGUCAUUUUUAACUUGUUUUGACGCAAGAUAUAGAUAGUUACGUCCUACUGAAAGUCCAAGGCCUUGUUAAAAUGGUUCUAAAUUCAAUAAAACCCCACAACACUACAAACUCAGAUACCAAUGUUUGUAAGGAGGUGUCUAUCACCCUGUCGGCACCGAAAGCAAGUAUACAGACUCAUAAAGACACACACAUUAUAAAACAUAUGGCAAUAAUUUUCGAUUAAACAAACAGCUGCAGAUUGUAAGAAAUGUGAUAUAACAUUCACGAAUAAAUUACAAUAUUUGAGCACUACUUCACUACGGGCCUAAGGGUGAACUCUUAACGUGCAGCAGGCUCCGCACCCCCAGAAAUGACCCUUCAAUAAUGUGAAUUUUCGUUGUUUGCGCGUGUUAUGUGUAUCACUAUGUGUGCCUGAAGGCACACAUUUGUGCUUUCCAUGAAUUCAAAGUGCUGAAAAAAUUUACACCAAUCUGAUUUAGCAUACAUAUUUAUUUAAAGAAAAUAUAGAAAUCAGUUCUAAUACUUGUCUACAUGUACAUGUAUAUCAAAUUAGAUACAGUGUAAGUC